AUGGCGGAGGGGGCUCCACGUCCAAGCGCUUCCUGUCGUUCGUCGACCGCUGCCCUGGUGAAGAACCACACGCUGCGGCCCAGCGCGGAGGCCCUGCUGCGGCACGCCUUCGUCAAGGACCUGCUCAACGAGAGGCAGGUCCGCAUCCUGCUGAAGGACCACCUGGACCGCACCCGCAAGAAGAGGGAGAAGGGUGACCCCUCCUCUCCCCUCUCACCUUUCAUCGACCCCAGGCUGCUGCAGUUAGCCCCGCCCUGCAGCCCCACAAGCAGCAGGCCUGAGCCCAUCAGAAGGCAAAACCACAGGAAGGGCUCUGUGGUGAACGUGAACCCCACCAACAUCCGCCCACAGAGUGACACGCCCGAGAUCCGCAAGUACAAGAAGAAGUUCAACACCGAGGUCCUCUGCGCCGGCCUCUGGGGGGUGAACCUCCUGGUGGGGACCGAGAGUGGUCUGUGGCUUCUGGACCGCAGUGGCCAGGGCAAGGUCUACUCCCUCAUCAGCCGCCGGCGCUUCCAGCAGAUGGACGUGCUGGAGGGCCUCAACGUCCUCAUCACCAUAUCAGGGAAGAAGAACAAGCUGCGGCUUUACUACCUGUCGUGGCUGAGGAACAAGAUCCUGCACAACGACCCCGAGGUGGAGAAGAGGCAGGGCUGGACGUCGGUGGGCGACCUGGAGGGAUGUGUGCACUACAAAGUCGUGCGGUACGAGAAGAUCAAGUUCUUGGUGAUUGCGUUGAAGAGCGCGGUGGAGGUCUACGCCUGGGCUCCUAAACCCUACCACAAGUUCAUGGCCUUCAAGUCCUUCUGCCCGCUGCCCCAGAGACCCCUGUCUGUUGACCUGACGGUGGAGGAGGGUCAGAGGUUAAAAGUCAUCUACGGAUCACUGUCGGGCUUCCACGCCAUCGACGUUGACUCUGGAACGCCGUACGACCUCUACCUGCCCACUCACAUCCAGGGCUCCAUCUGUCCCCACGCCAUCAUCAUCCUGCCCAACAGCGCCGGUACGGAGGUGCUGGUGUGCUACGAGGACGAGGGCGUCUUUAUCGACACCUACGGCCGCAUCACCAAGGACACGGUGCUGCAGUGGGGAGAGAUGCCUGCGUCCGUUGCCUACCUGCAGUCCAACCAGGUGAUGGGCUGGGGGGAGAAGGCCAUUGAGCUAAGGUCCGCCAACACAGGGAACUUGGAAGGGGUCUUCAUGCACAAGAAGGCCCAGAAACUUAAGUUCCUGUGUGAGAGGAACGAUAAGGUCUUCUUCGCAUCAGUUCAAUCGGGAGGCAGCAGUCAGAUCUAUUUCAUGACCCUUGGACAGAACUCACUGUUUAGCUGGUGACACCUGGAUCGACCAAUCCAGGAUCGGCCGGCUAUGCCUGGAUGUGUACCGCCAAGACUGCUUGGUAAUGACUGGGUCUGACGUUGAAGGACGGAUGAGUAAUGCUUGGAUCUGCCGCUCCUGAAUCGGCUGGAAAUGCCUCGACCUCCCAACCCAGGAUCAUUUGGCGAUGUCCCCAUCUAUUCGACCUGGUUGAUUUGAUCAAUCCAUCAACCAUCUACAACUUUUGCUUUCUGGAGUUAAGCUUUUUUUUGUCAACCCAACCUGCCAGGAUUUAAACGUUAUUGAUUCGAAGAAGAGCUCUGUCUCUACAACACACAUGCCUCCAUCAUCGGUGACUCGACCCUGGACUGAUGGUGGUCAAGGCAACAGGAAGUCCACUGAAUCUGACCGUUUGUUCUGUCGUCUGCUAGCGAUGCCUGGAUCCUCCUGGAGCUCUUCGUUAGCAGAAAAAGCUAUCGCUGCAUUAUCUAGAUACCUUGGACACUUCAACACCUUCUUCAGUUGGUCUUUAAAAAUUGACCACCUCCCCAUUGUAAGGCGUCUACUGGGAAUGUCGGGGAAAAUUACGGGGCUUCUUUGCAAAUUAAUAUCAAUUUUACUGGAUAGCAUAUAUUUUUUUUUAUGUAAUUCAACCUACAUUUCUCAUCUGGUGUGUUGUCUUGUGUCAAACAAUUCAACCAUUUAAUCAUUUUGUCGUUAUUUUCCAUUCUGAUGGAAAGGAUUGUGUAGAUUUAGUAAAGUGAUCAUACAAAAAUCGGUGUUAUUAUUGAUGCCUACCUGCAGAUGUCCGUUCCUGGUAUCAUAACCUUUAGUUCCCUUGUAUCAUAACCUUCAGUUCCCUUGUAUCAUAACCUUCAGUUCCCUGGUCUCAUUACCUUCAGUUCCCUGGUCUCAUUACCUUCAGUUCCCUGGUCUCAUUAACUACAGUUCUCUGGUAUCAUUACCUCCAGUACCCUGGUCUCAUAACCGUCAGUUCCCUGGUAUCAUAUAGGCCUGGAUAGGAUAGGCAUUCUCCAUAAGCAGAUUAGUAAAUUGUUCUUACAGCCAAUACAAUCAACAUUAACUGAAUAGAUAUCUAUAAGGGGACCAAACUUGGUUUGAAGCAUGAGGUAUAUCUGGUUGAAUCACUGUAUGUAAAUGAGAAGAAACUUAAAAAGGUUUGGUCGGAUAUUAUGCAUAUUCUAAGAAGGACUUUCAUUAUUAUGCCUGUAUGUGUCAUGUAUGUUUGUUUUUUCUCCUAACUUGAAGAAUUACUAUUGACAAAGCUAAUGAGAUAACAUAUGUAUAUAAAGGUGAAUUCUAUUUGUAAUAAAGUAUGACUAUGCUGCUCUUAA